CCCAACGUCCGCGUCGCCGUUCUGCGCCGGCGUUCUGCGCCGCCGCCAUGGCCGACGUGGAGGACGGCGAGGAGACCUGCGUCCUGUCGGCGCACUCCGGGAGCGCAGGCUCCAAGUCGGGGGCCGACAAGAUGUUCUCCCUCAAGAAGUGGAACGCGGUAGCCAUGUGGAGCUGGGACGUCGAGUGCGACACCUGCGCCAUCUGCAGGGUCCAGAUGCCUGUCUUCGAUGUCAAGCUGAAAACAAACAAGAGGACUGUGUUGUGGUCUGGGGAGAAUGUAACCAUUCCUUCCACAACUGCUGCAUGUCCCUGUGGGUGAAACAGAACAAUCGCUGCCCUCUCUGCCAGCAGGACUGGGUGGUCCAAAGAAUCGGCAAAUGAGAGGUAGUAGAAGGCUCUCCUGGUGUGGUUAGCAACCCUGGAUGAUCUUGCCAUCAAAUUAUGAGAGAAAGACUAGACACUCCAGGGGAUUCAUUCAUCAGCUAGAAAGGAUGAUAUGCGGUCUCCUGAGACUCAUCCAAGGCAUGCUUUAACAUUUUGUUGUUUAGUUUCAAGAAAUUCUCUACGAUGAAGAAGAUAAUUUAUUAAAAAAAUGCCCUUUCCUACCUCGGUCGUGUGUGUGAUACAUACUGCUUAGAAGAGCUAUAAGAAAGAGAACACUAAAAAUGGAACGGUCCUUAUUGUUUGUCGCUACACAAGGUCUGUGAGAGCAUUGCAUUCACAGAAGAGCAUUUUUGUAUUUAUGCUUGAUUGGAUAAAAAAUAAAUAAAAGAAUGUUACAGUAAUAAAAUGCAUUUAAAAACCCAA